AUGCCAUGCACAAUUUCAUUAUUUAAACAAGACUAUAGUGAUCUUGAGUUUGAUUUUGAAGAAUAUGUAAGAGGCACGUUGGGUCUUGGUCUUGCCAAAGAAGACAAAAUCUGUCAGGAUUUCCUACGCGGAACAUGCCAACGCGGAACCCUAUGUAAAUACAAACACAGCACAAAACGCGCGAAAGCGGUCGUGUGCAAACAUUGGUUGCGCGGACUAUGUAAGAUGCAAGAUCAAUGCGAGUUUUUGCACGAAUUUAAUGAGAGUAAAAUGCCCGAGUGUUGGUUCUACGUGAAAUUUGGCGAGUGCACGAAUGAGGAUUGUUUGUAUUUGCAUGUUGAUCCCGAGAGCAAAAUAAAAGAGUGUCCGUAUUAUGCAAGAGGAUUUUGCAAGUACGGACCGAAUUGUAAUGCGAAACACGUGCGAAAGACUGUGUGCCAAUUGUACUUGACUGGAUUCUGUCCAUAUGGAGCUGAAUGUCCUAAUGGACAUCCAAAAUAUGACUCGAUAGGUUCACAUCAACGUGAUUAUGAUCGAUCCUCCACAGAAGAAUCAAUCUCAAAAAGUCGUGUGUCUAAAGAACGUCCUCCUUUAAAACAACCACCACCAACUUACCGACCACUAUCAGAAGUUACUUGUUACAAGGACACUUUGCAAACAGAUGCCCAAAACCUCGUGUUAGUAGUAGUAACGGAAGCACUGCUGCAGGGAAUGGAGGAGGUGGAUAUUACACGCGCAAAAGAGACAGCAGUCUAA